CGCCUUCACGGCCGACGGCCCCCCUCCCCUCCUUUCCCCUCCCCUCUCCCCUCCCCCCCCGCCGGGCAUUAAUUAAGCUGCCCAUUGAUUAAAGGGUAUUGAUUUGUAUGUAUUUCACUCAGCGCCGUUGGCGGCGGCGGCGGCGGCGGCGGCGCCCGCUGCUUGUUCGGCGGCCUCCGCCUGAGUUAGCCCAGUAUUUCCCAAUUUAGAGUGUUGUCGCCGAAGCUCCCUCGACCAAAGAUGUCGGCUCCUCUUGGGCCCCGAGGCGGCCCUGCUCCCCCGCCGCCCCCGCCGCCUCCGCCCGAGAUGCCCGACCUCAGCCACCUCACGGAGGAAGAGAGGAAGAUCAUCCAAGCCGUCAUGGACCGCCAGAAGAAGGAAGAAGAGAAGGAGCAGUCCGUGCUGAAGAAACUACACCAACAGUUCGAAAUGUAUAAAGAACAGGUGAAGAAAAUGGGUGAAGAAUCGCAGCAGCAGCAACAGCAGCAGCAGCAACAACAGAAGGGCGAUGCUCCUACUUGUGGCAUUUGUCACAAAACAAAAUUUGCUGAUGGCUGUGGCCAUAACUGUUCAUAUUGCCAAACUAAAUUUUGUGCACGUUGCGGAGGACGAGUAUCUUUACGUUCAAACAAGGUAAUGUGGGUGUGUAAUUCAUGUCGAAAGCAACAAGAAAUUCUGACAAAAUCUGGCGCAUGGUUUUAUAAUAGCGGAACUAACACCCCACAGAAGUCUGAUAAAGAGGGUUUUAGAGGACUGCAGAAUGAAAAAGCACCUCAGGACAAAAAAACAAAACUCCAAGAACAGUCAGCCUUGGAACGAAGUAGAUCUCAAGGGAUUACAAGGCAAGAGUCCAUAAACGGUUCAGGAGGAAAGGUGGUGGGUGACACAGCAGACAGAAAAAGAAGCCCAUCAAUACCCAGAGAUCAGAACAGAAGUUUCAAUCAGCUGGAGGAGAGAGACGACUAUUCACAGUAUGCAACAUCAGAUGCUGCAAUGCCAAGAUCACCAUCAGAUUAUACAGACAGACAUUCACAACAUGGGUUGCAACCAUAUGAAGAACCUGAAAUGGAUGACUAUAGGGAUUCUAGCAGGAGAAAUCGCAGACGUUCAAGGGAAUAUCCUUUAGAGGAAGAUGACAUGCAAAAUAGAGGGGAAUAUGAAAGGCAGCGGAGGGAAGAAGAAUAUCAAGCACGAUAUCGAAGUGAUCCUAAUUUGGCUCGUUAUCCUGUCAAACCCCAACCAUAUGAAGAGCAAAUGCGCAUUCAUGCUGAAGUCUCACGUGCACGUCAUGAAAGAAGGCACAGUGAUGUGUCUUUGGCCAAUACUGAAUUGGAAGAUUCCCGGAUUUCGAUGAUGAGAAUGGACCGACCAUCAAGGCAAAGGUCUGCCUCUGAACGCAGAGCUGCCAUGGACCAACGUUCGUAUUCAAUGGAAAGAACUCAGGGACUAAGUCCCAAUAGGCAGAGAACCACAAAUCACAGUCCUCCAACACCUAGGAGGAGUCCAAUACCUUUUGAUAGACCCGAUAUGAGGAGAACUGAUCCAUUAAGAAAACAGCAUCAUUUAGACCCAAGCUCAGCUGUACGGAAGACAAAACGUGAAAAAAUGGAAACCAUGUUAAGAAAUGAUUCGUUGAGUUCAGAUCAGUCUGAAUCAGUUAGGCCUCCACCACCAAAGCCUCAUAAAACAAAAAAAGGAGGUAAAAUGCGUCAGGUGUCAUUGAGCAGCUCUGAAGAAGAGUUGGCUUCUACACCAGAAUAUACAAGCUGUGAUGAUGUAGAAAUUGAAAGUGAAAGUGUUAGUGAAAAAGGGGACAGUCAAAGGGGAAAAAGAAAAACUAGUGAGCAGGCAGUUUUGUCGGACUCUAACAUCUUAUCUGAAAGACAAAAGAAAAUGGUGUGUUUUGGUGGCCAGUCUUUGGAAGAGGACUUGGAAUGGUCUGAACCUCAGAUUAAGGACUCUGGGGUAGACACUUGUAGUAGCACAACUCUAAAUGAGGAACAUAGCCAUAGUGAAAAGCAUCCUGUAACCUGGCAGCCAUCCAAAGAUGGAGAUGGCUUAAUUGGCCGAAUUUUGUUAAAUAAGCGCCUAAAAGAUGGAAGCGUGCCUAGAGAUUCAGGAGCAAUGCUUGGACUUAAGGUGGUUGGAGGAAAGAUGACUGAAUCAGGUCGACUAUGUGCAUUUAUCACCAAAGUAAAAAAAGGAAGUUUAGCUGACACAGUUGGACAUCUUAGGCCAGGUGAUGAAGUAUUAGAGUGGAAUGGAAGGCUUUUGCAAGGAGCCACUUUUGAAGAAGUGUAUAAUAUCAUUCUUGAAUCCAAACCAGAGGCACAAGUAGAACUUGUAGUUUCAAGGCCAAUUGGGGAUAUUCCCAGAAUACCUGACAGUACGCAUGCACAGUUGGAGUCCAGUUCUAGUUCAUUUGAAUCUCAGAAAAUGGAUCGGCCUUCUAUAUCAGUCACUUCUCCCAUGAGUCCUGGCAUGUUGAGAGAUGUUCCACAGUUUUUAUCUGGACAACUUUCAAUAAAGUUGUGGUAUGACAAAGUUGGCCAUCAAUUAAUAGUCACAAUAUUGGGAGCAAAAGAUCUUCCUUCAAGAGAAGAUGGAAGACCAAGGAAUCCCUAUGUUAAGAUUUACUUUCUUCCUGACAGAAGUGAUAAAAAUAAAAGAAGAACAAAAACAGUAAAAAAAACAUUGGAGCCAAAGUGGAACCAAACAUUUAUUUAUUCUCCAGUUCAUCGGAGAGAAUUUCGAGAGCGGAUGUUGGAAAUUACUCUUUGGGACCAAGCUCGUGUUCGUGAAGAAGAAAGUGAAUUUUUAGGAGAGAUUCUUAUUGAAUUAGAGACAGCAUUGCUGGAUGAUGAGCCUCAUUGGUACAAACUUCAGACUCAUGAUAUGUCCUCAUUGCCACUUCCCCAUCCUUCCCCAUAUUUGCCACGCCGACAGCUUCAUGGGGAUAGCCCUACACGAAGGUUGCAAAAUAAAGGCUCAUAUUCAUAUAAUCCAGGAUCCAAAAGAAUAAGUGAUAGUGAAAUCUCGGACUAUGAUUGUGAUGAUGGAAUAGGAGUAGUGUCAGACUUCUUCCCUAUCCUUGUGGUAACAAAACGCAGUGGAGAAAUCAAAAAGUUGAAUGUGGAACAUGGGUCUCGAGGGACCCGAUCUACUCCUGCACAUUACAAUACCAUGAAUCGAAUGGAUAGACAUCGAAUAAUGGAUGACCACAACUGUCCAGACAGAGAGAGUCAUUAUCUCACUCUGCCUUGGUCCCAUCACACUCAAUCCAUUGACUACCAUCAUAGAGAUGCCAGCAAGGAUCACUCAUUGUAUCCUAACUUUUGUGAAGAUGCAAUCAGAUUACUUCGAUCGCAUAGGAUGUGCCGUACCUAUUCUGAGGGUGCUUACUAUGAGUUUGAGAGGAGGAGUAGGAAGGAGGGAAGAAAGCCUAAUACAUAUGUUGAUGACACAUUUAUUUCCCCUGCUCUCGAAAGGUAUUACAAUGGUGCAAGUUCAUGGGCAGAUCAUGUAGUCAAUGGUACAGCUGAAAAUCACAGGAAUUGGGAACCUAGACUACCAUAUCAAAGAUCCAGAUCAACAGAACAGCGUCCAGUGCUAGAGCGGCCCAGCCCCCGCUCCCGAUCCACUGAGCGUCCUGAGUCAAACCUCAUGAGAUCGAUGCCUUCAUUAAUGACUGGAAGAUCUGCCCCUCCCUCACCUGCAUUAUCGAGGUCACAUGCUCAUUCGGGAUCAGUCCAAACAAGCCCAUCAAGUACUCCGGUGGCAGGACGCAGGGGUAGACAGUUGCCACAACUCCCACCAAAAGGGACUCUGGAGAGAAGUACUCUGGAUAUUGAAGAGAGAAAUCGUCAAAUGAAAAUGAACAAGUACAAACAUGUAGCAGGAUCAGAUUCCAGGCUGGAGCAAGAUUAUCAUUCCAAGUAUCGUCCCGGGCGAGACCCUCAACGAGGCUCUGAUAAUGUCUCCAACAAAUCUUCAGACAGUGAUGUCAGCGAUGUAUCAGCAGUCUCAAGAACCAGUAGUGCAUCCCGUUUUAGCAGCACUAGUUAUAUGUCUGUGCAAUCAGAACGGCCAAGAGGAAACAAGAAAAUAAGAUCACAUGAGGAAAGAAAAGAGGGAGGGGAGGAAGGGGAUGGGGAAGUAUUCCUUGAGAAAGAAGAGGAGAAUCAGGAACUGGAGAAAAAGUUGGAUGAACAAGAUGAUGAAAAGGGGGAAGGGGAGGAGGUGACAAAGAACUGUGAUGAGGAAGAUAAAGAAGCAGAAGAGGAUGAAGGGGCCCAAGAGGAGAUAACUGAGGAAGGAACAGAAACAAGCAAUAAAGAGGAUUUGCAAAGGAGAUACUCACAGGAUGAUCUCAGUGUUUUCACAUCUAAAAUGCAAAGCAGACAGAUUGGCGCUUCAGGACAGAACAUAACUAAAAGUACCAGCAUCAGUGGGGAGAUGUAUACACUAGAGAAGAAUGAUGGCAGCCAAUCUGACACAGCGGUGGGCACUGUGGGUGCAGGUGGCAAAAAACGGCGAUCCAGUAUUGGUGCAAAAAUGGUAGCUAUCGUGGGACUUUCACGGAAGAGCAGGAGCACCUCACAACUCAGCCAAACUGAAGCAGGUGGUAAAAAAUUGAAGAGUACAGUACAGAGAAGCACAGAAACUGGGUUGGCUGUGGAGAUGAGAAAUUGGAUGACACGUCAGGCCAGCAGGGAGUCUACAGAUGGCAGCAUGAACAGUUAUAGCUCAGAAGGAAAUUUGAUCUUUCCUGGUGUGCGGUUGGCAGCAGAUAGCCAAUUCAGUGAUUUUCUGGAUGGACUUGGCCCUGCACAGCUUGUUGGACGCCAGACCCUGGCUACUCCAGCAAUGGGUGAUAUCCAAGUUGGAAUGGUGGACAAAAAGGGACAAUUGGAGGUAGAAAUAAUAAGAGCACGAGGCCUUGUUGUAAAACCAGGUUCAAAGACACUGCCAGCACCAUAUGUAAAGGUGUAUCUAUUAGAAAAUGGAGUCUGUAUAGCCAAAAAGAAAACAAAAGUGGCAAGAAAAACGCUGGAACCUCUUUACCAGCAGCUGUUGUCAUUUGAAGAGAAUCCUCAAGGGAAAGUUUUACAGAUUAUUGUAUGGGGAGACUAUGGGCGUAUGGAUCAUAAAUCCUUCAUGGGAGUGGCACAGAUACUUUUAGAAGAACUGGACCUGUCCAAUAUGGUGAUUGGCUGGUUUAAACUAUUUCCUCCUUCGUCCCUAGUAGAUCCAACUUUGGCCCCUCUUACAAGAAGGGCUUCCCAAUCAUCUCUUGAAAGUUCAACAGGACCGUCAUACGCUCGCUCAUAGCAGCUGUGAACUUUAUCAUAGCAACCAGCGUUACAAAAAAAUAUAUUUAACAGGUCGCAAGCUCUGGUAACACUGCAUGCUUAAUGUUGCGUCUUUGGAGCCUGUUUCUAGGGCUAGGAAGCGAUCCUGUAUUCUCAGAGGAAGUUGCACACAUUGUGCUCUAAAGGAAGCCCUCAGGUGAAGGAGUGGAACUGGAAGAACUGAAUGGUUUGGAGUUCAGUGACACUCAACUUUUAAUCCAAUUUGAAGCCAUGGAUUAAACUAAAGAAUCAAGUUGUCUCAUGCAACAAGAAUCCCUUCAACGGCACGUCUAUUUUCUUGUUCCCUUUUCUUUACUGGCCCUUUUCUGCCCGCACCCACCCAAGCCUGGUUAUGCCACAGAAAUAUGGAGCUACCCAAAGAAGUCGUGCUAGAAGAAAAAAGAAAAGUGAGCUGUCAUUGCGUUCAUUAACAGCAGAGGAAACUUGCCUUAUCAGAAAGCUUGAAGACUUAGAGUGGCAGGCUUUGUAACUCCGGCUACUAAUAGAAUCAAAUCCAGCGUGGACUAAGUGAAAAGUAAAAUUCUGUGGCUAUACUGUACUGUAUGAAUUAAAGACACUUUUUUGCAUGGACACAGAUUAUGCUGAACAUUUAAAAUUAUUUUCUUGGGGCUGCAACUUGCAAAAAAAAAAAAAGAAUAAAUCAGCCAUUUUCAACAAUUUAUAUUAUUUUUAAAAAUAAAUUUCACUAGUGCAUGGUUUUAAAAGGGAGAGAAUGCAACAAGGUGAUAGACACACCAAGUUAUCAUUCUUUAAACCAAUCAUGGUCUGUGUUUUUGCAGACAACAAUGAAAAAUUAAUAAUUUCUAGCAAAUACUCAAAUUAUGUUUAUGUGACAAGAGAUAAAUGUAAUAUAUUAAAUUUAUUUAAAUGUAAAAGGUACAAGCCUUGUAAAGUUCAAAAUAUGUGCAAAUUGUACACUUCUUUCCCUUCUUGUUUCCCCCAUCCUCCUUUUGCCCUCUCGUUGCUGUCCUGGCUCCCAGGAUGAUCAUUAUCCUUCGAAAUUGCUACUUUUUGACUUACUACUCUCAAGCUCCCUAUUUGAUUCAGGGAUACAGACUGAUUCUGCAUUUCUGAAAUCUUUGAGAAAAAAAAAUUGUUUAAGAACUUUUUUCAAGCAUGUUGAAAAGAAUUUUGCAACAUGGCUUGGGGAGUACAUUACAAUAAUUCAGCAUGUAUUUGAUAACAAAUUGAACUUUUUGCUGUUUAUUGUACAGUGCAUGAAAAACUUUUCCCUCUCCACCUUCAAAUUGAAUUCUACAGCAAAAUACUGGAAUCAUGUGGCCAUUUGUAAAACGUCUUCAAUAAAUUUGUUUUCAGCACCAGCAUCAUUCAUUCAAAGGUUGAACUAUCAUUUCUAGAUAAAGAAAUAUCAGAACAGUCUCGGUAAAUAUCAGCAUCUUAUCACUUCCAUUGAGCCAAAUAAAUUGCUACCUAUUAAACUCUUCUGUUCAGUUUUCAUAAACUGGGAUGGGAAAAAUCAGUGAAUAUGAACUUGACAUUCAAGUCAUAAUUUGAGCUGCAGUCCUGUAUCUACUUAAUCUUUCUAUUAAUGGGAAUUACAUGCCCAAAGAGAUUGCAGGUUUUUUUAAAUUCUUAAACGCCUUAAACAAAGUACAUAACAUUUAUUAAUUUUGACACCUAUCACCAAGAACCUAAAAUGCACAUGUUGCAGGUAUUUGAAGAAACAAACACCUGUUUCCUAUAUCAGGUAAUUUAGGGUAACUGGAAAUGUGGAUAAUUUUAAGUCCAGAUCUCAUUUUUUCCUGAUAAAAAGAUAUGUAACUUGUUCAUGUUGAAGUAUAUCAUCCUUUUUUUUCCUGUAUCUUUAGAUGCCUUACAGACCUAUUGUUUAAUGAUGAGGCAUUGCAAUAAUAUUUUAAUAUGUGCAACUAUUAAUUUUAAGGCCAUACUCAUGAAUAUUUUACUUUUGUAUUUACAUAUCCCUGUAUGUACAUGAAUUAUAGGAGGGCAAAAGGAAAAAUGGGUAUACUGCCAUUUCUUUUAUAUGGUUCAAUUUUAAAACAGAACAGAAUUCCUUCAAGGUUUGCCCAUGUUCCAUGCAUGAGUACCAUUGAAUGUGAAUGGAAUUAAUACAGUCAAAAUGCUUGGUGAAUUGUACCCUUGCAGUGAUUUCAAACAGCACCUGCACCCCAAAGGGAAUUCUUGUUGACAGGAGUUCUGUUUACGUACCAAAUCCUUUUGCAUUCAUAAAAGAAUUACCUAGAUAAGAAGGAUAAUUGAUCUUUUACAAGAUUAUGUAUAGGUUAAUGACGAUCGGUUAAAAACAUAUUGACUGAAAUAAUUUAAUCACCUGUGUAUGAGCAAUCAAUGAAUACUAACACAUGCAUUAAUCCCUAAAAAUAAAAAAAAACAUUUUUAAAGUGUACGACUCUUUUCCUGAUACUGUGAUAUGCAGUGGGUGCACACUUUAUGCAUAUUCUUAUAAAAAUAUUUCUAAUUCAGACAAGGAGGACAUGACAAUAUGGAAAGUGUGUACGUAACUGGUCAUUAUGCAGUAUUUAUUUUUGAUUGUAUUUUUUUUAAUAUUCACAUGUCUGCAACUCUACUUAUAAUUUAGUCAUGUAAAUAGCAUACUUCCAGUGACCACAGCUGUCUUGUACAUAGUCUGUUUUAAAAGUAACUGGA